GCUCGGCCGCCGCUCCUCCCCCGUUCAACAGCGAGAAGAGAAAGUUCUGACUUUUAAAUCUCCUCAUGUAGCGUUAGCGGUGAGCCUCUUCAAGCGACAAAGAAAGUUUGGACAUGAAAGUUCUGAAGUGAAAAGUCCCUUGAAUCUGUUUUCCCGAAAGCGUGCGGCACGAUGAAGCCACGGCCGCGCUUCAGCGUCUCUCCGUGGACUCUCCUGGUCUUCAGCGCUCUCCUCAAGAUCACCCAAGCACAAUGUCCCAGUAGUAACUGUAGCAGCAAUGAAACUGUAACAUUUACAACAACGACAACGACAGUCACGUUGGAAUCCAGACCGAAUUGCUCCCUCUCCAUCAACAAUCAAUCACCCUCGAUCAAUUUCACUGAAAAUGGGCCGAUAACUGGUUUGACUCCUGGAACAGUUUAUCCAAUCUUCCUUGGUUGUUUGAACUGCUGUAAAGAGGCCACCACAAAGCCUGAAGUGGUCAGGGACCUCCGUGUCGCUGAAGUCACAACAUCCUCUAUAUCUCUGAUGUGGACUAAACCAGAAGGAAACAGCUCCUCCUAUAGAGUACAGUGGACUGAUGGAAAUGGAAAUUACAAUGAAAAUGUGACUCAAACGCAGAAAAACAUUACUAACCUGAUUCCUGGUGUUCAGUAUAAAAUGACUGUUACUGCGGUGGCAGUGGAUGGCAGUAGUGGACAGAGUACAGCUGUUUCUCAGUACACAAAGCCUCAAGUAGUCAGGAACCUCACUGCCAAUAAAAUAACAACAUCCUCUAUAUCUUUGAUGUGGACUAAACCAGAAGGAAACAGCUCUUUCUUUACAAUACAAUGGACAAAUGGAACAAAGAACUUAAAUGCUAAUGUUAAGGAAACAACCAUAAAUGUAACACAACUGACUGCUGGAGUGCAGUACCAUUUUACUGUCAUAGCAGUGGCUGGAGAUAAUGCAACUUUAGGAGAGGCCAAGACAAUUUCCCUGUAUACAAAGCCUGAAGUGGUCAGGAACCUCAGUGUCACUGAAAUCACAACAUCCUCUAUAUCUCUGAUGUGGACUAAACCAGAAGGAAACAGCUCUUCCUAUAGAGUACAGUGGACUGAUGGAAAUGGAAAUUACAAUGAAAAUGUGACUCAAACGCAGAAAAACAUUACUAACCUGAUUCCUGGUGUUCAGUAUAAAAUGACUGUUACUGCAGUGGCGGGGGAUGGCAGUACUGGACAGAGUACAGCUGUUUCUCAGUACACAAAGCCUGAAGUGGUCAGGAACCUCGGUGUCACUGAAAUCACAACAUCCUCUAUAUCUCUGAUGUGGACUAAACCAGAAGGAAACAGCUCUUCCUAUAGAGUACAGUGGACUGAUGGAAAUGGAAAUUACAAUGAAAAUGUGACUCAAACGCAGAAAAACAUUACUAACCUGAUUCCUGGUGUUCAGUAUAAAAUGACUGUUACUGCAGUGGCGGGGGAUGGCAGUACUGGACAGAGUACAGCUGUUUCUCAGUACACAAAGCCUCAAGUAGUCAGAAACCUCACUGCCAAUAAAAUAACAGCAUCCUCUAUAUCUCUGAUGUGGACUAAACCAGAAGGAAACAGCUCUUUCUUUACAGUACAAUGGACAAAUGGAACAAAUAACUUGAAUGCUAAUGUUACGGAAACAACCAUAAAUGUAACACAACUGACUGCUGGAGUGCAGUAUCAUUUUACUGUCAUAGCAGUGGCUGGAGAUAAUGCAACUUUAGGAGAGGCCAAGACAAUUUCCCUGUAUACAAAGCCUGAAGUGGUCAGGAACCUCAGUGUCACUGAAAUCACAGCAUCCUCCAUAUCUCUGAUGUGGGCUAAACCAGAAGGAAACAGCUCUUUCUUUACAGUACAAUGGACAAAUGGAACAAAUAACUUGAAUGCCAAUGUUACGGAAACAACCAUAAAUGUAACACAACUGACUGCUGGAGUGCAGUACCAUUUUGCUGUCAUAGCAGUGGCUGGAGAUAAUGCAACUUUAGGAGAGGCCAAGACAAUUUCCCUGUAUACAAAGCCUGAAGUGGUCAGGAACCUCAGGGUCACUGAAUUCACAACAUCCUCUAUAUCUCUGAUGUGGACUAAACCAGAAGGAAACGUCUCCUCCUAUAGAGUACAGUGGACCGAUGGAAUUGAAAAUUACAAUGACAAUGUGGCUCAAACACAGAAAAACAUUACUAACCUGACUGCUGGUGUUCAGUAUAAAAUGACUGUUACUGCAGUGGCAGGUGAUGGCAGUACUGGACAGAGUACAGCUGUUUCUCAGUACACAAGGCCUGAGAAGCCUGUGAACAUCAGGAUUACAGCAAGAGGAACCAAUUUCCUGAACAUCGGCUGGACUUUGCCGGCCGGGAGAGCUGAUAACUACGUUGUGAACAUUUCAAAUGAGAGAAAGACUUUGUAUAGCAACAUAACAGCAGUCACCACAGCCGUCUUUACUGAUUUACCUCCUGGGAGGAUCUUUUUUAUCACAGUGACCGCUGUAGCUGGAAACUUUAGUGCGAUGUCUGAUCAGUUUUCAAGUGCCACUGAUCCCACACCUCCUGGCGCCAUCGUCUUCAGUCAGAGGACAAACUCUUCGCUCUCUCUGAAGUGGGCGACUCCGGCUUUAAUGGAGGAUGCCUCAAACAUCAGCUACUAUAUCACCUACCAGCCUGUUGGUGGCAAACUACAAAAUAAAAAUGCCUCGGCAAACACAUGCUGGACCCUUUCCCUUGUGCCCAAAGCCGUGACCAACCUCUCAGUGGAGGAUGUGAACACCACGACCAUCCGGCUGAAGUGGCUCAGACAAAGUGACCACAAGCCUUCCUACACCUACCUGGUGUACGCGCUCCUGAACGCCACGCUGGUUCAGAAUGGUUCAACUGAGACGGAGACUUACACCUUCUUCAAUCUGACCCCUGGGAAUUUUUACUCUUUUAAAGUGCUUACAGUUGUAGAAGGUGUUAUGUCUGCAGUUGAAAACACAUCAGGUUACACAAAACCUGAAGCUGUUACUGCCAUCAUGGCCAUAGGAAGCACAACAAGCAUGUCAGUGAGCUGGACACCAGCAUUUGGGCAGGUGGACUCCUACGCUGUCCAGCUGUUCAGAGGGGGGCAGUUGGUGAAAAAAAGCCCAAAUCUGAGUACCACCACUUUUAAGUUUCCGGGCCUGACACCAGGAGUGUCUUACUGUGCAGUGGUGAUCACAAAAAGUGGCCCUUACGAGAAUAACAACUCCGUUUGCAACGCAACUUUUCCCAACCCUCCUGGACCCAUCACGGUGACGUCUCAGACUGUGGAGUCCAUCAACUUCACCUGGCCCUUUCCAAAUGGCAUGGACCACAAUCAGUACAACUUCAGCGUGUACAGCUUUAAAGGCUCCUUAAUAAGUGGAAAAAACUGGUUCCUGCUGGACCAACUCCAGUCUGGGAGCCUCUACAGUAUCGCUGUCGUUACGGAAGGCGUGCUGAACUAUCAGAGCAGUGCAGUGACUACAGAAAACUACACCAGACCGUAUCCUGUAACCAAUCUGACCCAGACACAAAUCACCACAAAUUCAGUGACGUUGAUGUGGGAACAGCCACAGAGCAAGCCUUACUACUCGUACGUGGUGCGGACCAACAACGGCUCCAUUGUUUCAUCUGAAGUAGUCUCAAACAAACAGAAAGAGGUCACUGGACUUCUCUCUGGGAGCAACUACAGCUUCACUGUCACCACACGGACACCAGAUGGCACUGAGGCAGCACCUGGGACAGUGUCCUACUUUACACGUCCUCAUGGAAUUAGAUCUUUGGAACCUGAAACCUUAAGCACAACUGCUGUACGUCUGAUUUGGGCAAAACCACUGGAGCACAAGCCUGAUUACACAUAUUGGGUUGGGACUACAGACUGCGGGUCCCGAAACAAUAUCGUCGCAGGAGAAGUCGCCGAGAUCUCAGAGCUUCCCCCCGGGACCAACUGCACCUUCUGCGUUGUUGUCAGAGCAGCAAAUGGCAUCGAAGGAAAAGCAAUCUGCACCUCCCAGUACACUAAGCCUGAAGCAGUGCAACCCAGUAUCUCCAGCCUGGGAUCCAAUAGUUCAAUCCAGGUGUCGUGGACCAAACCUCCUGGGAAAGUGGAGCGUUAUGAAGUUUCCCUAAGCAGCAGUUCCAAAGUCUCCCUGGACUCCACCAGUACUUACUAUGAGUUUAAAGACUUGUCUGCUGGAAGGCUUUACACUGCCAUGGUAACCACAUAUAGUGGACCCUUCAAUGCGUCAUCUGGAUUCAUCACUAACGCAACCUUCCCUAACCCUCCCGGGCCGAUUGAGAUCCUGUCCAAGACAACCAGCUCCAUUGAUAUCAGGUGGGCGGAAGCACCGCUGAUGAACGGUGCAUCGUUCUUCUACCAGUUGACUAAACCAUCAGCCCAGGGAGAAAAAUACAUCAAUACCUCCAAAACUAGUCAUACUUUUGAUACCCUUCUUUCUGGAACUUCUUACAACUUCUCCGUUGCAACAGUGGGUGCGAUGGGUUUUGAGAGUGAGAGGGUUCAGAUCUACAUGGUCAAUACAAGGCCGUUCCAUGUGCAGAAUCUUAUGACUUCUACAAAUGAGGAGACCAUCACAGUCACGUGGAACAAACCCGACGAAUACAAGGAAAGCUAUCGUUACUAUCUGACCUCGCAAGGCUCAGAUGGGACUAUGAGUAAUAUAACAAUUAAAGAUACAACGUAUACGUUCAUUGAUCUAGUUCCUGGCAGCAGCUAUGACUUUAAUGUGACCACAGUGACCUCCGAUGGAACCAAAGGUGCUCCAAGAGGGAUUUCCAAAUGCACAAAUGCAAGCCCGGUGACAAACCUUACAUGUACUGGGCCAAACACAGAAAACGCAGAAAUCCUCCUGUCCUGGACCAAACCCAAGGGCCAAUACUCUGGCUUCCAGGUGACUGUGGACAACAGCAAGAACUACUCAAUGAACACCUGCUGCAAUAAAACUGUGUCCGACCUUCGUCACUAUACUGAAUACAGGCUGACAGUGGAGACUCAGAGCUGUGGACUACCCAGCACUCCAGAGUCUCGUCUCUGCAGGACAGGCAUCACAAAUCCACCCAUUUCAGCGAACUAUGCGUCACUGGUAAAGGUGUCUUCCAAGGAAUACAACAAGUUCACCCUUCAGAUUGACUCCAACCUGCUGGACAACGUCAACGGGCCAAUCACAGAUGUUGGGGUGCUGGUGACAGGCACCUUCUCCGGUGACACUUCUGAUUCAUUGAAGUACGUGGGGAAAACUUACAAUCAGUGGAAGGAAAAGGAAACUUCAGGAUACAUGGCAACGGCAGUCGAACUACAGACACAAACGCGCAGUGGAGCGAGCUAUCUGAACAUAGUAAUUGGAGAUGAAACCAAUUGGGCGGGCUACACUAACGGUGCUCUGGACGCUAAUGGACAAUACCAAUUUGCUAUUGUGUUGUUCACCCAUCUGAAUUUCCAAAACAACCUUGUGAAUGUUCAAGACUCAGUUUUUUCAGUAACAAACUAUUAUAACGCUGUCAUACUCCCACAGAGCCCAGCUGUCAUUGGCAUUGCUGUUGGGGUAACAUUGGGGAUUUUUUGCAUUCUCCUCAUCAUCUUCAUCGGCUUCGUAAUUUACUGGAAAAGGUCAUCCAAAAAAGAAUCGCCCGACAUCCAGAUACAUGCAAUGAGAGCCAAAGUAAGUGUGGCUGUGAGGCUGGAGGACUACGAAGCUUACUACAAGAAGCAGAAAGCAGACUCCAACUGUGGCUUUGCUGAAGAGUUUGAGGACCUGAAGCUUGUUGGUACAGCUCAGUCAAAAAUACAUGCUCAGAUGUUGGAGAACAAGCCUAAGAACCGCUACAACAACGUGCUUCCCUAUGACUCCUCUAGGGUGAAACUCUCUAUUAUCCAUGGGAAUCCAUAUGAUGACUACAUCAAUGCUAACUACAUGCCGGGUUACGAGUCCAGGAAGGAGUACAUCGCGGCUCAGGGUCCGUUGCCCGGCACGGUCAGCGACUUCUGGAGGAUGAUCUGGGAGAAGAACGUGCUGACGCUGGUCAUGCUGACACGCUGUAAUGAACAGGGACGAGUCAAAUGCGAGCAAUACUGGGAUCACGGCACCAAGCAUUAUGAAAACAUCACAGUGACAACGACCUCUGAAAUACCUCUAGAAGACUGGACCAUCAGGGACUUUCACAUAAAAAAUGUGAAAACAGCAGAGACCCGUUCAAUUCGUCACUUCCACUUCACCGCCUGGCCGGAUCACGGCGUCCCACAAACCACCGAGCUCCUCAUCAGCUUCAGACACCUGGUCAGAGAGCACAUGGACCAGUACUCCAGACACUCUCCCACUGUGGUCCACUGCAGUGCUGGUGUUGGACGAACGGGCACCUUCAUAGCCAUAGACCGCUUGAUCUUCCAGAUUGAAAGGGAAAACAUUGUGGACGUGUACGGCAUCGUCCACGAUCAGCGCAUGCACCGGCCCCUCAUGGUGCAGACAGAGGACCAGUAUGUGUUCCUAAACCAGUGUGCCAUGGACAUCAUCAGAUCAAGAACUGGAACCAACGUGGAUCUAAUCUACCAAAACACCGGUGCACUCUCUAUUUAUGAAAACAUAGACCCAAAAAAAGGGUUUCCCAAAAAGGGGGACCACAAUGCAUAGGCCCGAGAAACCACUCAGGUCUUCCACUUUUCUCUUUACUCUCAGCAAGGAGCCGAGCAGAGAUUUGCAAAGGGAACGCAGAUUGUGCUAAAAAAGAAAUCAUUUUGACCUGUCAUGCUUUUGUUAAGUUAAUGUUGGAGCUUUCUGAGCGCCUAGGUAGCUCACCCGGUAGAGCAGGCGCCCAUGUAUAGAGGCAGGGGCCACAGGUUCGAAACAAUUUAUUUUAUUUUAUUUUUAUUUAACCUUUAUUUAACCAGGAAGUCCCUUGAGAUUUAAAUCUCUUUUUCGAGGGAGACCUGAAAUACAGCGUAGACAAAAUCACACAGAGAGGAAAGGACCAGGUCACAUGUGGCAGUUGCAUUUUUGAAUUACAUGACAUUUUAACAUGGCCUUAAAUUCAUUUAAAUGGGACUAGAUCAUUUAGAUGGGGCAAGUUUUGCAAGUUAUUCCAAGACCAUGGAGCGAAGUAAGAGAAGGCUUUUUCCCCCCAGCUCAGUAAAAACCCUCGGAACCUGGUAGGAGCGCCACCUGGUGGACCGGAGAUGAAAACAGCUGGAAUUCAGCUUGAGGAGAUUACAUAAAUACGCCGGCAGUUGACCCAACAUGGCCUUGUACAGAAAAAUACACAAAUGAAGUUGUCUACGUAGACUUAUCAGCGUACCAGUUCAUACAGCGUACAAUGAUGAGUACGGGAAUAAGAGUUAGUUAACCCUCUAUUGCGUGGUGUUGCCACAUGGCAUCAAAUUCUUUUUCUUAGUGUGCAUGCAUUGUUUUUUGUUCAACUGUGUAAACAUGUCUUUUAUUUUGAAAUGGUAUUAAUUUGAUGACUUCACAUUACCGAAUCCUGUUUCCCGCCCCUUUUCCGGACAUGUGCCACACUAAUCCAGCCAAAAUGUAGUUCAACUGUUAUCUGGAGUAAGUAAUCUUAUAUUUUUCAUCAUUUAAACCAGUUAAACCCUCCCAUUUAAAGUCAAUACACCCUUCUAGUAUAAACAGGGAUUUCCUACAGGAAGCUUAUGUAUCCGACAUAUUUUUCCAGUGGCCAUGUAGUUCAGAAAUUGUAAGUGUAGUCAGUGUGUUGGGCUUAUUUUGCCCCUAAUCAAGUAAAUUGUAUCCGUGUCUUCUUUCAGGUGUAUAUGACGGACUUAUUACAGUGUUAUUAGUAAUAAUCCUCAAAAACUACAAUUAAAACUUAACUAAUUUGACUGUAAACACAUUGGGCAAUACAUUAUUUUUUUUUUGCAAUUGCAUUAUUUAAGCAUCCUGGAGUAAUAAAAACACAUCAAGACAUUUUUUACCAUGUUUAAAAAAUAAUGUAUGCAAUAGAGGGUUAGAUUAGAUUAGAUUCAACUUUACUGUCAUUACACAUGCGUACAGGUACAAUGCAACGAAAUACAGUUUAGAGGGUUUAGAGAGCCUCCGGGCCGCAGCUAGUGAAAGCGCCGCCACACGCACUCCGAAAAGGAUUUAUGCAGAUAGCUGGAUAAUACAUGACAAAACAACACAAUGCACAAGACUACAUACAUGGAGGAAUAUUUGGUGUAUGGUGUCUGUGGAUGUGAGCGUGUGUGUGUGUGUAUGGGAGGUAUGAGACGGACUGUACGCGUUGUUGAAAAACAGCCCAGUUCAGUCCGGCCUUGUGUGUGUGUGUGUGUGUGUGUGUGUGUGUGUGUGUGUGUGUGUGUGUAUGGGAAAUAUGAGAGACAGACUGUAUGCGUUGUUGAAAAACUACUACAAUUCAGUCCGGCCUUGACCAUGGACUUGGGGGGGGGGGGGGGGGGGGGGAGAGAACACAAAAAGAAAGAAAGAAGAAGUUAAGAAGCGCAGAGCACUAUGGGACACCGAAUCUAACAGGUGGAGAGUACUAGAGGCUGCACGCAUGUAGACAACUUCACCAUAGUCCAGAACACUCAAAAAAGUAGCCUGCACUUUUCAACAUGAACUAUGAAAUAAAGUUUAUUGUCCAGCCAACCAUUUCAUUCCCUCUCCCUCUCUCUCUCACUCUCCCCUCCCUUUCCUGUCUUCAUCUGUCCUAUAUAAACAAAAGCCUAAAAUGCCCAAAAAAGAAUCUUAAAAAAAAAAAAAAAGAAUUGUGUAGCUUUCUGAAUGUAAAUCUCUAUUUUGUGAUAUUUAUUGGUGAAAAUGAUGCAUUUUUGACAAUGGAGGGAGCUAUACUGCAUGUAGAGAUAAAGUAACGGACAUAACCACUGACCAAAGAUAUUUGGAUCGUGUGUCAAUUUUGGUCAAUUAUAAAAUUGGAUUCUCUUAUAACUGCAGAUUUGUAUAUUGCUGUGUAUUGUUUUUUACAUGUUGUGCGUGUUUACUACUGUAUAUGACUUACUGAUGAUUAAAUAUUCUGCUCAGGUAAUAUGUUGGAUGCUGUAUUACAAGGAAAUACAUCAUCAAUGGAACCUUUGGUAUUGCAUUGUACAAUGAUUUUCUGGUAUAAUCACUAUGCGCCUUUUAAAAAUCUGUUUGCUUUAGUGCCACUCCAUUAUGUUUGUCUUUUAACUUAAAAAAAAAAGACAAAAAAGGACCUAUUGGUGCAUGAUAUUACCUUGUUACAGAACCAUAAUUUUAAGUUCCCCAAUGCAUCAAAUUUUAUUGAUGUUUGUCAUAUCAUCCAGUCAAUUCAAUAUGCACCUUUUAAACCAAUUUGAACUAUGCAAUGCCUUUAAAUGAAGGAGUUUUGUAAAGACUUUGUAUGUGUAUGCACUGUUGUGAAUAAUGCACUGGAUGCAUUUGUUUUCCUAUACACUGUCCACUUUUUUAAUAUA